GUAGUUGAGUGGGAAGCUGAGACCAGGCGGUCGCCAUGAUUGCCUUUGGGGCUCCUCGACCCCGAAGCUUCGGGCUCCUUUUCUCCUUGACUCCACACCACUUCUUCCUGUUUUUAAUUGGGACCCUGGCCAACAAACUCAAUGUGCCUCAAGUGUUACUACCUUUCAGCCGGGAGCCAGGCCGGGUGCCCUUCUUGCUGGAGGCUCAGCGGGGCUGCUACAUCUGGCAUUCCACUCAUCACGAUGCAGUUACCAUUCAGCCUUUAUAUGAAAAUGGCACUUCAUGUUCCCAAAGGGCUGUUCUUGUUGCUGAAUCCACCCAACCGAUACGCCUCAGCAGCAUCAUUCUUGCUCGAGAAGUGGUGACGGACCAUGAGCUACGCUGUGAUGUUAAGGUCGAUGUGAUAGACAACAUUGAAAUUGUAUCUCGAACCCGGGAGCUGUAUGUGGACGAUGCACCGCUGGAGCUUAUGGUGAGGGCCCUGGAUUCUAAAGGAAACACUUUCAGUACUCUGGCAGGCAUGGUGUUUGAGUGGAGUAUUGCCCAGGACAAUGAGUCAUCGAGAGAAGAGCUGUCUAGCAAAAUUAGGAUUCUGAAAUACUCGGAAGCCGAGUAUUCUCCGCCUGACUAUAUCAUCGAGAUGGAAAAAGAGGAGAGACAAGGAGACGUGAUUUUGGUAUCUGGGAUGAGAACUGGGGCUGCUGUUGUAAAAGUCCGAAUUUAUGAGCCAUUCUACAAGAAAGUGGCUGCAGCCUUGAUCCGCCUGCUUGUUCUGGAGAACAUAUUUCUUAUACCAUCCCAUGACACAUAUCUCUUAGUGGGAGCCUAUAUUAAAUACAGAGUGGCAAAAAUGGUUCAGGGAAGAAUGACAGAGGUAAAAUUUCCCUUGGAACAUUACACAUUGGAAUUGCAAGACCACAGAUUUACCAAUGAUGGACUUCCUUCUAGAACAGUGGCUCUGUUGGAUGAGAAAACAGCCACAGUGACUGCUGUCCAACUGGGCCAAACUAACCUUGUCUUUGUCCACAAAAAUGUUCAUAUGCGCUCUGUGUCUGGACUCCCAAACUCUACCAUAUAUGUUGUAGAGCCUGGAUUUUUAGGCUUCAGUAUCCAUCCUGGAGGCCGGUGGAGCCUAGAGGUGGGACAGGUGUACGUCCUCACAGUGGAAGUGUUCGACAAGAGCAGCACAAGGGUCUACAUUUCUGACAAUCUCAAGAUCACAUUCCAGUUUUCCAAGGAGUACUUUGAAGAGCAGCUGAGUACUUCAAACGGAUCUUACCAUGUGGUAAAAGUCCUGAAAGACGGAGUUGUGGUGAUCAAUGCAACCCUGACCUCUAGCCUUCAGGAGAGAAACAGUUCCCAGCCAAAGACCUAUCAAAUCAGUCACCAACAAGAGGUGAAGAUUUACUUUCCCAUUCAGCUUAAACCCAGCUUUCUGGCCUUUCCCCAUCAUCCCCUGGGAACAUCAAAUCGGUUCACAGUUCAGGUAGAGGGCGGUAGUGGCAACUUCACCUGGAGCUCUUCUAAUGAAACCGUUGCCAUGGUUACCACCAAAGGUGUGGUAACCGCAGGUCAGGUGAGAGGGAACAGCACCAUUUUGGCACGAGACGUACAAAAUCCUUUUCGAUCUGGAGAUCUUAAGGUGUAUGUCAUGAAGCUGAACAAAAUGGAACUGUUACCAUUUCAAGCUGAUGUGGAAAUUGGCCAGAUUAUUGAGGUACCCAUUGCAAUGUAUCAUGUAAAUACAGAGACCAAGGAGGCCAUCACAUUCACAGACUGUUCACACUUACCCCUUGAUCUCAACGCGGAUAAGCAAGGAGUCUUCACUCUUUUUAAAGAAGGUAUUCAGAAGCCUGGAGCGACACGCUGUUCUAGUGUCCACAUAGCAGCCACGUCUCCGGGCCACACUCUGGUGACCGUCAGUGUGACUGGGCAUGAAGAGCACGCAUGGAGCAGUGCCACAUUUGCUGCUUACGAACCUCUAAAGGCUCUAAACCCUGUGGAAGUGGCUUUGGUGACAUGGCAGUCCGUGAAGGAAAUGGUAUUUGAAGGGGGCCCUCAUCCUUGGGUCUUGGAGCCAUCCCGAUUUUUUUUGGAGCUGAGCAUGGAGAAGGCAGAGGCCAUCAGAGUAACAGAAGUCCGGUUGCCAGCUAAGAGGAAGCAGAACCAGUAUGUCUACCGCGUGCUGUGCCUGGAGUUAGGGGAACAAGUUCUCACUUUACGGAUUGGGAAUCACCCCGGAGUCCUAAACCCUAGUCCCUCUGUGGAAAAGGUGCAGGUGCGCUUCAUCUGUGCCCAUCCUGCCAAUAUGCUGGUGACACCAAUGUACAAGGUGCCAGCUGGCACCCAGCCAUGUCCUUUGCCACAGUACAACAAGCAACUGAUUCCUGUGUCCAGCUUGAGGGACUCAGUCCUAGAACUGGCAGUAUUUGAUGAACACGGGAGGAAGUUUGAUAAUUUCAGCUCACUGAUGCUAGAAUGGAAAUCUUCCAACGAGACGCUAGCCUAUUUUGAGGAUUCUAAGUCAGCGGAGAUGGUAGCCAGGGACGAUGGCAGUGGGCAGACCCGGCUGCACGGCCAUCAGAUCCUUAAGGUGCAUCAGAUAAAGGGGACUGUGCUCAUUGGAGUCAAUUUUGCUGGCUAUUCAGGGAAGAAAAGCCCAAAAGGGAUUUCCAACUCACCGAGAUCUGCGGGUGUAGAACUGCUCCUGGUGGAAGACGUCACGGUCCAGCCUGAGAACGCCACCAUCUACAACCACCCUGAUGUGAAGGAGAUGUUUAACCUUGUGGAAGGAUCUGGCUACUUUCUGAUCAACAGCAGUGAGCAAGAGGUCGUCGCCAUCACUUACCUGGAGGCGGAGAGCUCGGUCCAGUUAGUUCCAGCACAUCCUGGAUUUCUAACCCUGAAAGUGUAUGACCUGUGCCUGGCCUACUUGGGUCCAGCAGUGGCCCAGGUCAGGGUGUCAGACAUACAGGAGGUCGAGCUGGAUCUGAUUGAUAAGGUUGAGAUCGGUAAAACCGUGUUAGUGGUGGUCAGGGUUCUUGGCUCUUUCAAACACCCUUUCCGGAACAAGUACUUCAGAAACAUGGAUGUCAGGCUGCAGCUGGCAUCUGCCAUCGUCACCCUGAGGUUAAUGGAAGAUCAGGAUGAGUACUCUGAAAACUACAUGCUCCGUGCUGUCACUGUCGGACAAACCACACUUGUAGCCAUUGCCACAGACAGAAUGGGGAGGAAAUUCACAUCAGCGCCUCGGCAUAUCGAGGUCUUCCCUCCAUUCAGACUCGUUCCUGAGAAAAUGACCCUGAUUGCAACUAACAUGAUGCAGAUAAUGUCUGAAGGUGGCCCUCAGCCCCAGUCCAUCAUUCACUUCUCUAUCAGCAAUCAGACUGUAGCUGUUGUUAACAGGAGGGGUCAAGUUACAGGGAAAUCGGUCGGCACAGCUGUGCUCCACGGCACCAUCCAGACAGUGAAUGAAGACACUGGCAAAGUCAUUGUGUUUUCCCAGGAUGAAGUCCAAAUCGAGGUUGUCCAGCUCCAGGCUGUUAGGAUCCUUGCAGCUGCAACCCGACUCGUCACGGCCACUGAGAUGCCAGUGUACGUCAUGGGAGUGACAAGUAGCCAGACUCCUUUCUCCUUCAGCACUGCGAGCCCUUCGCUCACAUUCCACUGGUCCAUGAGCAAGAGGGAUGUGCUGGAUCUGGUACCCAGGCAUUCAGAGGUAUUUCUACAACUUCCAGCUGAGAACAACUUUGCCAUGGUUGUCCACACAAAAGCAGCUGGCAGGACUACGAUCAAGGUCACGGUCCGCAGUAAGAACAGCUCCUUUGAGCAGUUUGAGGGGAAUCUGCUGGAGCUGUCCGAUGAGAUUCAGAUCCUGGUAUUUGAAAAACUUCAACUUUUCUAUGCAGACUGUCAACCUGAGCGGAUUCUGAUGCCUAUGAAUUCUCAGCUCAAGCUGCACACCAACAGAGAAGGCGCAGCCUUUGUGAGUUCCCGUGUUCUCAAGUGUUUCCCUAACUCCUCUGUCAUUGAAGAAGAUGGUGGAGGGCUCCUGAGGUCUGGAUCCAUUGCGGGUACUGCAGUAUUGGAAGUCACUUCUAUAGAACCUUUUGGAGUCAAUCAAACAACCAUAACUGGAGUUCAGGUAGCACCAGUGACUUACCUUCGAUUGAGCAGCUACCCCAAGCUAUACACAGCACAAGGAAGGACCCUGUCAGCCUUUCCUUUGGGCAUGUCUCUCACCUUUAUUGUUGAGUUUUAUAAUAACAUCGGAGAAAAAUUCCACACCCACAAUACUCGGCUUUAUAUGGCUCUGAACAGAGAUGACUUGCUGCUUAUUGGACCAGGAAAUAGAAACUAUACAUAUAUGGCCCAGGCUGUGAAUAAAGGGGUGACAGUUGUGGGACUCUGGGACCAAAGACAUCCUGGCAUGGCAGAUUACAUCCCUGUUGCUGUAGAACACGCCAUUGAGCCAGACACCAAGCUUAUCUUUGUUGGAGAUGUCAUCUGCUUCAGCACUCAGCUUGUCAAUCAGCAUGGUGAGCCUGGGGUGUGGAUGAUUUCUACCAACAAUAUUGUACAGACAGACACGGUCACUGGAGUAGGAGUGGCUAGGAGCCCAGGAACUGCAACAAUUUUUUAUGACAUCCCUGGAGUUGUGAAAACAUUUCGAGAGGUAGUAGUCAAUGCAUCAUCAAGAUUGACACUCAGCUAUGACCUGAAAACUUACCUCACCAAUACCCCCAAUGCAACUGUAUUCAAACUCUUCAUCAGCACAGGCAGAAACGUCAACCUCAAAGGAUCCUGUACCCCAAGUCAGGCUUUAGCUGUUGAAAAAGUUCUUCUUCCUGAGUCCCUCAUGCUAUGCCAUGUGCAGUUCAGCAAUACUUUACUAGACAUUCCAGCAAGUAAGGUCUUUCACAUCCAUUCAGAAUUCAGUGUGGAGAAAGGGGUCUAUGUCUGCCUAAUCGAGGUUCGACAGGAGUCAGAGGAGCUGCGCCAAGUGCUCAGUGUGGCAGACACCUCGGUCUACGGGUGGGCAACUCUGGUCAGUGAACGUGGCAAGAAUGGCAUGCAAAGAAUCCACAUUCCUUUCAUUCCUGGCUUUUAUAUGAACCAGUCAGAGUUCGUUCUUGGCCACAAAGACACUGGGGAGCUAAGAAUCCUGGGAGUGGAAAGAGUUCUCGAGAGCCUAGAGGUCUUCCACAGCUCCCCCUUUCUAGUAGUGUCUGGCCAUAAGCACUCUAUCCUCACAACAGGCCUAAGCAUCUACUUAAUAAGAAUAGUCAACUUCACUGCCUUCCAGCAGAUGUCAGCACCUGCUUUCAUUAAUGUUUCCUGUGCACUGACCAAUCAACAAGAAGCUGUGAUAGUCAGAGCAAAAGAUGCAUCUGGUGCAGAUCACUGUGAAGACUCGGGUAUCUUCAAGAACUUUGUUGGUUCUUACCAGAUCCUCCUGUUUACCCUCUUUGCUGUGCUGGCAUCAACUUCUUUCAUCUUUCUAGCAUACAAUGCCUUCCUGAACAAGGUACAGACUAUUCCAGUUGUUUAUGUGCCAACAAUAGGAACAACUCAGCCAGGUUCUUACACAGCCACAUGUUCCCCCCCUCACUUCCUGAGCUCACAGCCACCACCAGUGCAGAGUCGGCUACAACACUGGUUAUGGAGUAUAAGACACUAA